UCUAGACUACCACAAUUUUGUGAAUCUAUGGAAGCAAAAAUCAUUUCUAAAGAGGACAUUAAACCGUCUUCCCCAACCCCAUCCCAUUUGAGCACAUUCAAUCUUUCUGUCUUGGAUCAGCUUGUCAUCAGUCCCUAUGUUCCAAUCAUCUUGUACUACCCAAAUAACAAUGGCGAAAGCACUUCCGAAGCCCUAGAAAGAUCAGUGAUUCUAAAGAAAUCUUUAUCUCAAACCUUGACUCAGUUUUACCCACUUGCAGGAACAAUUAAGAACGAUCUUUCUAUCGAUUGUAAUGAUGUUGGUGCUAACUAUGUCGUAGCUUUGGUCCAUGGUCGCCUUGACGAGUUCCUAGAGCAUCCUGAUCAUCGGUUGAUCAAUGGGUUUUUGCCAUUUGAGCCUAGCUUCAACGAGUCUAGUGCAGGUAGUCGUGUAACGAAUGUUCAAGUGAACAUUUUCGAAUGUGGUGGGAUUGCGAUUGGUUUAUGCAUUUCUCACAAGAUCCUUGAUGGUGCUGCAUUGUGCACAUUUCUGAAAGGAUGGAGUAACAUGGCUCGUGGAGCUGAAGAAGUCGUGUAUCCAAACUUAACCUCACCAUCUCUCUUCCCUGCAACAAGCUCAUGGCUCAGAGACACAUCAAUGGGUCUAACUAUAUCAUUGUUAAGUCAAGGCAAGGCUUGCACAAAGAGGUUCGUAUUUGGGUCAGAUGCUAUCGCUCGACUGAGAGCCACAGCAGCUAGAAACGGGGUGCAACGGCCGACUCGUGUUGAGGUGGUGUCUGGUUUGAUAUGGAAGUGCGCCAUGGCUGCUGCUAAAGAAGCAUGUGGGGUACAGAAGCCUUCUUGUUUAACUCACUUUGUCAACCUUCGGUCAAAACUAGCAGCUACGUUGUCGAAUCACUUAAUUGGUAACAUGGUUUGGAUCUCCAACGCAGCAUGGCUUCCUAGCGAUGAGACCCCGUUGCAUGCGUUGGUGAAUAAUGUGCGUGAAGGUAUUUCGAAAAUUGACGUUGAGUUUGUUAAGAAAGCACAAGGAGAUGAAGGGUAUGUUGCCAUGCAGAACUCUUUGAAAGAAAUGGCUGGAAUUGGCUCGAUGGGGCCCAUAGACUACUAUGGUUUUACGAGCUGGUGCAAGAUGGGUUUCUAUGAAAUAGAUUUUGGUUGGGGAAAGCCGAGUUGGGUGACAGGUCUUGUAGGAGAUGGCAUGCCUGUGUUCAUGAAUCUUGUGACUCUAAUGGAUACCAAAAGUGGUGAGGGUAUAGAAGCAUGGGUGAACUUGGAUGAACCAGAAAUGGAGAUUCUACAGAAGAAUCAAGAGUUACUUUCAUAUGCUUCAUUGGAUCCAAGUCCUUUAAUAAAUGAUGAAGCCAAAGAACUAAAAACUGAAGAGAUAAUAAGUCAAAUUCAAACUGGCCUAGCUUUUAAUGCCUGAAGAAUUAUGUCAUGAUAGGUCAUGACAACUCGGACAUGAUGACCAGUUUCAGCUAUCUGUCGCACAAGCUAAUUCCAUCAUUUUCGGUUACUAUUGAUAAGCAUUUUCCGUUUUUAUUACAAUUGUGGGUUUUUAUUCAUAUGUUUCUUAUUAUUCUAGUCGCUAAUGUAAUAGCUUAAGUAGUGAUUAUAAAUUGUUUUUUUAUUUUGAUUGUGAAUGUUCAAUUUUAGUUGAAAUUACCAAAAUUGGAAUUGUCCUUAACUGGAAGGUUUUAAUUUCUCUUGUAAGUUAAAAGGUACUGAAUACCUUUAUGAAUUUGAUCUCAUGUCGUUCGUAAA